AUGCCCUUCAGCCCCACCCUACCAACCUUGCUCCUAGUAGCAGCGACUCUAGGCUCCUGUGCCAACCUCGCUCAGUAUGAUCCUCAACCCGGCGUACAACCCGAGUUCCGUCCAUUUCUCCAAGCCCUCGUAGACGCGGCCGAAGACCCAAAAGUCACAACCGGCUACACGGAUUACUUUCCCCCAGAUGGAAUGCAAACGACCCUAACAAUCCACUGUGCCGGAGCAGCCGCCAUACAAAAAUGUAAAGAGAGUUUCCUCGUGAAUGGAAGAGUUCUGGUCCAUUUCCCCAAUACAACAUUCAUCGCAGACAACAAUUACACAGCCACAGUGUACGAGUCCCACGGAAGGAUAGAGCAGACGUAUCCAGCUCCCAUCUCCAAUUGUUCGCAACUCUACUACAAAACUCAAUACACCGUUUUCAAAACCGACCAAAGGAUCGAGGCACCACCGAACCUCUCCCUGAAGCCCGAGGCGCAAGUUUACUGGUAUCAUGAUGUAUACGUCAAUCCCGCGGCGUUGAUAUCAGACAUUCCUUGCGAUAGUUUGAAGUAG